UGCUAUUGCGAUUCACUUGCAGUUCUGUAAAAUAAAUGAAAACGCAAUAAUAGGCAUACAGAAACAUUAAAGAGCCAAUAAAUUAAAAGCAAUAGCAAACGCAAGCUAGCUAAAAUAGUUCUACCAUCUCGUGUAGUUUUCAACGUGGCUGUGAGAUCGCUGUGAAAUCCAAUUAGAAUUUUGUGUUUUGUGAGUGUUUUUUUUUGUUUUUCUUUCUUGGGGCGGGGGUUGCUACGAGUGUUGAGGAGAGUGUUACAAAAGUGGUUUUUCAUUAUAUGCGGAAAGUGUCGGAUAUUCCAGACCCCUAUAUUACUACUACCAAUUUUAUUGCUUUGCAAAAAUGCUUAGCAUGAGCAAUAGAGUGCUAGAAAUAAUUUCAGUGAUAUGCGUUCUUUUCCAUACAGUUAAUUGUAAGCACGUUGUUAUAACGGCACCUAAACAUAUCCUACUUGGAUCGACUGUGAACGUAUCGGCCACACUCUACGAUGGCAAUAAAGUGGCCGAAAAGGGCACCUACAAAUUUGCGUGGAAGGCGAGCGGUGGCCAAAAAGAGGAAUUCGCGAUCUCUGAACCGAUCAGCAAUUGGACUGUAAAAUAUCCCAGGGAUGCAUCAAAACUCGGGACUCAUCGUUUGGAAGUCACCGUUUACGAGGAAUACAUCGUGUGGUUUUCAGUUGCUCAAGCUGAACAAAACUUCGAACUCGUCGAUUCGCUGACGGGCAGCUUGCAGUUGAUACAGCAUGAAAAGGUGCGCCAGGAGGAUUUUGUGUCCACACAGGAAAUAGUAAAUCACCGCAUUGAUCUGUGGCCGGCUGAUUAUAAUUUUUUAGAGGAGAAUAACUACUAUGUCAAUACCUAUUGGUUCCAAAAUUGUACAUAUCUGGGCAUGUCGCAUGCCUAUGAAUAUCAAGCAAUAUACCCCGAGGCUAAUCAAUACUAUAACAUUGGAGUUUUGGUUGUUGCCUCACCCAAUGCCCCGCCAGAGCCCACAACAUCAACGACAACCACAACAACGACGACGACGACGACGACAACUACCACUACAACAACUACAACUUCUACUACCUCGACGACAACGCCCGCAACAACAACAACGUCGACUACUCCCGCGUCAACCACAACAACACUAGCCACAACCACACAUCCAGCUACAACAACAACAACAAAGCCAACAACGACAACAAAGCCAAAUCAAUCGCGUCGUCGCAGACGUGACUUGAACCAAACAAUGCACGCAAAUGCCGCAUUGCUUGGUUUGAAUUUAUCAGUUGCCAAACAAAAACAACUCGAGAGCAACAACAACACUGCUGAUGCCAACUCAUCCAUUGCUUUAAUAAAUCCCUUGGGCGUGCGUAAGAUUCAGCUUUUGCCAGCUCCGGCGCCGCCUUUCAAUUGCAUCGAUGGCAACGUGAUUGCUAAAGAUGCAAACAACACUUAUGGCGUUUUCCAACAUCGUAUUAUCUCCAAAACACCCAUUUCCAAUUUUGGCACCACUGGCAAGAAUUGGGUGGAGCACUGGAAGCUUACGGAACUCAAAGUAAAUUUCAAGGGCUCUCCGCCUUUCGAAUACUGCACAUUGGCGUUUAAUGCACCUUACAAUGCCACAGGCAACGAGACGUGCAGCCCAUAUAUUAAGCAAGACCAAAACGAAAUUGACUUUAGGCGCUACUAUGUAGAGAGCCGGGCCAUAUUGUUUUUCAUACGCAACGAAGUUUCGGAGACUGUCAAUCAGGUCACCGUCAAUAUCUAUGAAGCCAAACGACAGUCACAACUCUCAGUGGUAGUUGUGCCCAUUGCUUGCACUCUCGUCGCCGUUUGUCUAGUCAUCUUUGGCGCUGCAUACUAUAUUCAAAGUGGCAAUCGGUUUAAUGUGGAGGUGGCUGAUUUCAAUUUCGGUGACACGCAAUCGGUGGACAUGGAAUACAAGACAUUCCAGCAGCGAUUGAUUGACAGCAUACGCGAUGCGUGGCCAUGGCCCAGGUGGCGUCGCUAUUCACAGUCUAGCACGGAUCUCAUUGCCGAUCAGCCAUCAUCACGUGAAGGCGGUGGAUUUGGCGAUAAUGCUGGCGAAGUGGACAGCAGUUUGCGCUACAAUACGUUCAAUUAAUUACUCUUAUUGCGAUCGCUAUUGUACCAUUAUUUGUUAUAUAAUCGUAUCAUUUAACCGAUUUAAUUUAAUUUAAUUUACUAGUCGUAAGUUAUCAAAUUUGAUUUUUGAAGCGGUGAGUUUCGUACUUUUUACGUCAUUUGCAUAUUAUAAAAUAUGGUUAUUUUGGUAGUGUGCUUCACAAUCUCUUAUUCAUUUUAUACUUUAUAUUUUUUGUUACCUUGUUGCCCCUUAACUUGUCUUUAACAAUCCUUCUCACACAUCAAAAAACGCACACUUAACAUGCUCACCAAAAUUGUCAAAAAAAAAACAAACAAAAAAAUUGACAUUUCAUUUAUUGAAAGCAAAUGAAGAAAAAGUCUAUGGACACAGCUGAUAUUCUCAUAAAAUGUUGUAAAAGACUGUCUUUGUUCUAAAAAAAGCAACAAGAAAAAGCAAGUAAGCGAACUUACUGCUACAAAAUUGUUUGUAUCAAGUCAAAGCAUUGAAUGAUUGUAUGCAAUAUAAGGGCAAAUCCCCUCAAGCUCUCGAAAAACUAUAAGACAAAGAUACACGAAAUAUUAUACAUAACAAAACACCUACAUACAUACAAGCAACAAAAAAACGCAAAAUAUAAUAUAUUCAUUGUGAUAGAACUAACAGUAUAUUUGUAUGUUUCAAACAAAAAAAAUAAGAAGAACACGGUCGAGACGAAAAAACUAAAUUAUUAUAAUACCACAUGGUUUGUGCCGAUGAAAAUAAAAAUUCUUAAUAGAAUGACAUACAAGUAAA